AUGACUCUCCGCAAAAUUUCCUCUCUUUUUGGUCAUCGGCAGCAAAUAUUAUUACAUCCGAAUAUAUCUAAUUCAACCCGCCGUCGUCUAUUUCGUUCGAAUCCUGCUAUUUCAUUUGUGCCAACAGAUCUUGGCUCAUCAGAUAUGAUGGUGUAUGAUUUGAUUCGUGGAUCAAAAAUGAAAAAUACCACCAGUUUAACUGCUGAUGUUCGUAGACGUAUUCAGGAACUUGGAUGGGAAGAACAGGAUGAAAUUGAACAAGAACGUAUAAAAAGAACUACGACACCACUUUCCUUGUUGCCCACUUUCUUCCUUGAUGAUGAUGACUUGAGAAAUAAUGAAGAAAAUGCAUCCUAUCAAAAAACUCAGGAGAAAAUUGGAACAUUAAGAUCUAGUAAAACUUCACUCUUUAUAAAUCCAACUUUCAAUAGACGUCGAGCUAUUAGUAUAUCAAUAUUAAGCAAUAUCUCCCUUCUUGUUGUGGAGUUAUUGGAUGAUUCCCAUGGAGGUGUAUAUAACCUUGUUAAAGAAACUAUAGUAUAUUUUCUUCGAGAUGAUCCGAUUUUAUUUCUACGAAUAUAUUUGAGUGAUUUGGGGAAAUCUGACUUUCAAGUUCAAAAAGAACUACUUAACCGACUUCGUAUCCUCAUUUCCAUGCAGCACUUUUUCCCGCCUGGAUUCACUUAUACACUUUUUAAUCAUCUUGCUGGAAUGUUGAAAUGGUAUGCGCGUGAUGAUAAAAAGAAUGGAUUUGCUCUAAUGGUCAAAACUAUUCCUCUAAUGGCAGAAUUAGUCACGGCGAUAAAUGAAAUGGCAGUUCGUGAUUUUCGAAAAAACAAAAUAGAAAAUAUACUUUGCAAUAAUGGACAAUUUUGGUUCACGGAAGGCAUCCCAAUUUCCAUGUUCCCUCGCCAAAUGAUAGAUCCUCAAAAUAGACUUAAUAUAUUAGAUAUACCUUCGGAAUUAUUCGAAAUGGCAAUGUUAAGAAUAGGACAUAUACAAUUUAUGACAAAUUUUCUGACCAAAUGUCCAAAAGAAUCAUAUUCAAUGAAAAAAAUGAUUCAUACAUUUGAGUCUAUACGAGAUGAAUUCAAUAAUUCAAUACACGUAUUGAGUGAUGAAGAACCGGUCAUGCCAAAUCAAAAAAGCAAUUUAUCUAGAACCGAAUUUAAAGCAAUUACUCGCCGUGAAAAAGAUUCUCGCUUACUUUCUGCUCUUAGAGCUCGCGCAUGGCUCAAUUUUUUACAAUCAUUGAUAUUAGGCCUUUAUCGUAAUUAUAAUGAUCGUGCAGAACUUAACAAGUUAUUAGAAGGUGUUAAUACUAUUUUUCUUGAUCAUCAAAAUGAUUUUGGAAUUGUCAGUCAAACACUUGUCCUAUAUAUGAAGAUGAUAACACGUUUUAGACGUUUAUUCGACACAAAUCGAGGAUAUGCGAUGUUUAUUCCGGCUCUCUUUAAGGUCUUUUGUGAAUCUGAGAAAACACAACCAAUACGUUUGGCGAUUACUUUUUCAUGGCACCAAUUUUAUAAGGUCCAUGGUGAAUCCUUUAUCUUUCAAGCAAUUGGAAGUUUAUCACCGCUAAUCUUAAAAGGUUUUGGUAAAUCUUUGGCUCUUGGUGAAUGGAUGUGUACAUCAUUGUACCUUUUAUUUAAAUCGUUGAAUGAUCCCAUUAAGUGGACAGAUGCACUUGGUAUACAAGAAGAAGACUUAACAGAAGAAUCGGAUACUGUAGACAAUGGUGUUCUUGAUCCUGCAAUAUUACUUAAUAAUGUAAAUACUGCAUUGGCAAGGAGGGCUGGAAAAAUUCAAGAAGACACUAAGAUAUUUGCGUUGGAUGAUUUGCUUCGUUUAUUUUUGACUAUCAUUGCAUAUGAUCCUGGUUCAUCACGUGCAGAACAAAUGGUGCAAAUUCUACGUUAUCUCCUUCCACAUUUAAUGCAAGAAUCUCCUAUGGUGAAAUCAAUGAUUGAUGAAGGGGUUAAUGCUUUGACAGAAGUUUUCUUAAAAUUUGGCAAGUCAGCGAAAUUGGUUGCUCAUUCGGAUACGCUAUCAUCAAACAUGACCAAUAAUGUAUUAGGAGAAAAUACCGGAUCAUUUGAAAAUAUUCCAAAUACGGCUAGAAGCAGCCGAGUUACAGAGAUCGCAACAGUGCAAGCAUACGGUAAACAAUGGCAUCAAAAUGACCGCAUAACUAUAAAAAGAUAUUUCUUAUUAUUAAUACAGUCCUACCGGAAAAAUGGGGGGAUACUUACAGAUAGUAUUCAAAAUAAAUUGGCAAAUAUAAUACGGUUAAUUUUAAAAGAUUAUUCCACAACAAAACGUGCUUCCACCAAAUUCCUUAAAGAAUAUAUUGUAAAUGUUUUAUUGCAUAAUACCACAUUCGAAGAUGGACGAAGAUCGAUAACUACUUUUUUACGACAUCUUGCGCCUCUGUUUCGACAGCACUAUAAAACUAUAGAUUUUUCUGGUUUCAUCGACGGGAUUACUUUAAUAGUGACAAAUAAAUGUGGGUUUGCUUUGAAUGAUCAAGGAAUUGCAUCUGUUGUACAGGAAAAAUUUCUAUCAUUUGGACUUUCAGUUGCACUUAGACCUGAUUGGGAAGAAGGGGAACGAUUCCAGUCGCUCUUUUGUCAAUCUUUAGCAAAAUUGUUUGUGGCGAUGAUGAUGAAUUCAGAUCAGGAUGUGUUAAUAGAAUUAGAGAAAUAUCCGCCAUCUCAUCAGUUCAUUGCAUACAUCUUAACACCAAUAUGCUUAGAAUUAGACCUCGAAAACAACCUAUUUACACCUAUGCCAACUACAUUGCCAUCAACAAAUGCUUUACGUCAUCAAAAGCACAAAGCAAUUAAUUAUUGUAAUAGCAAAACCAGGCUAUCGACUGUUCAAGCCGCCGCAUUAUUUAUGAUUAGUUUUAAUGCCUUGAAAAUUAUUUUACUUCGAGCUGAAAUGUAUAUAACUGCAGUACCAGGAAUGUGGUUACAUAUAUCUCAAUUUAUCCGUAAAACACUAGAAACAUCUACGAUGACACAAUCAAAAUCUGGCUUAUAUUCUCGAGGAUCAACUCCAUCGAUUAGUAAUGCAAAUUUGUUAGUAAAUCAACCAGUAACAGAUGUAAAACAAGAAAGUGGUAGCAAUAUAUUGAUAAAUGAAAGAAUCAAUGUUAUGUUAAAUUCGCAAUCUAUCACGACAGCUCAGAAAAAUUUAUCAGUUUCUUCGACAGCUCUAGAUUUUGUUUUAUGGACCUUUUUAGAAUUAAUUGUGUUCUAUAAACUUCCUCUGAAUAUAUAUUUAAGAACAUUCAUUCAUCAAAAAAUCGAUAAUCUAUCAUCAACGAAUAAUUCACGGAACCGUCAGUCAUUUCUUGAUUUAGCAUCGAGACCUCCCUCGCUUAACAGUACAGGUUCUCGCGAAUCAGGAAGAGCACGCUGGAAGAGUUGGGGUGGACCACCCGCCAGUUUGCAACAAAAUACAUCUUCACAUCAAAUGAUCAAAGAAUCCUCUACUACUACUAGCAUUAGUAAAUUAGAUACAGAAAUUUUACCAACGGCCAAUUAUGAGAUAGGCAAACAUUCGGAUGACAAUCAUUACCAAAUAUCCAAUACUACAACAUUAGGGUCGACUAUGAUAAACGCUACGUUGAAAUCUUUGCAUAAUGUUCAUAAAUUCAUGGGAUACGAAAAUGGAACAAAUACUCAUCAUAAUUCCUUCACAAAAUAUCCACCCUUAUCGUCGUCGUCAUCAUCAUCACCGCAGGAAUUACGGUCGUGGACUUACCUUCAAGCGAUCCACAAACUAAAAGAAGAGAAUCUAAACGUUGAAAAUUCUGGAUAUUCUUGGUGA